CAACACUGUGCUCAAAGAUGGCAGUUAACAUAGUACACUGUGAAGCGCGUGUUCCUCACACCACCAGCGCAUCCAAGCGUCUACCCAUUUGAACUGCUGGAAUCAUCCCAGGUUGCACCCUGGACUUGGUUAAUCUUGAAAAACUCAUUUGAAUUAGAAAGGCUCUGCUGAUGAUCUCGACGGAAUUGACGAUGAAUCAUGAUUCUGAACUUCCUCUUGCGGACCACAACCACAGCUCGGUUCUUACUGGCCAUCAACCAGGCCCCCUUGCAUAUCAUUGGCAAACGCAGAUGUGGACCUAAAUUGUUCCAGUGGCCCAAUAUAUUUCUGCUCACAAGACCCAACUUCUCUGUAUCAAGAAGCACAAUUUUUGCAUUAUCUUCAGGUCAGGGGAGAUGUGGAGUGGCAGUAGUGAGAAUGUCAGGGUUGGAGGUAAAGGUGGCUCUUUUGGCACUCAGCCCUGGUCUCAAAGGAAAACUUCCACCUGCAAGGAAGUGUAUUUAUACAUCCUUGAACCACCCUAAGACAGGGGAACUGAUUGACAAGGGUAUCAUUGUCUGGUUUCCUGGACCAAGGAGUGUAACAGGAGAAGAUGUGUGUGAAUUCCAUGUCCAUGGUGGAAGGGCAGUGGUUAAAAGUCUUCUGGGUGCUCUAAGUCUCAUUCCAAGGUGUCAGCCUGCAACCCCUGGAGAAUUCACUCGCCGGGCCUUUCUCAAUGGCAAGAUGGACCUUCUGGAGGUGGAGGGUUUGGCAGACUUAUUGGUUGCAGAGACAGAAGCACAGCAUGCCCAGGCAUUGAAGUUUAUGAAUGGACAGGCCAGUGCUGUGUACUUACACUGGAGGGAACUCAUCAUCCAGUGCAUGAGAGACAUGGAGGUGUGCAUUGACUUUGGUGAGACAGAAGGGAAUGAUAGUGAUGAGGAGGAAGUUUUAUGUGUAAGAAUCUCUCAUCAAGUGCAAGAGUUGAUGACUUCCAUAGAGACAUCCCUAAAAGAAGGGACAAGGGCCCAGAGAAUCCGAGAGGGCCUCCGACUUGCCAUUCUUGGACCUCCCAAUGCUGGCAAAUCAUCCCUCCUCAAUCUCCUCUGUGAUAGUGAUGCUGCGAUGGUAUCUCCGGUGGCUGGAACAACAAGAGAUGUGGUGGAGAGACCCAUGAACAUUUGGGGAUACCCUGUGGUUCUCAUGGAUACUGCUGGGCUGAGGCAUUUCACAUCAGAUCCCCUGGAGCGAGAGGGGAUGGACAGGGCUUUGAAGGGGGCCACCCAGGCUGACCUCAUUCUUGUUGUCCUCGAUGUAUCCUCCCUUGGUCUCAUGGCUCACUUGGCUGCUGAUGGUUACCCGUGUGCAGAGGAAGAAGGAAAAGCCUGCAUCCUGGUUUUAAACAAAAGGGAUCUCUUGAGAGGAGGAGUUGAAUUGACAAACUGGGGAAGGGAGGGAAUUCUUCUGUCUUGUUUCAAUAAAUUAGGACUGGAUGAUCUCUGGAGUGCCAUCAAGCAUGAACUUCAUCAACUGUGUGGCAAUAUUGGAGGUGGAGACUCAGGGGUGGUGACACGGGAAAGACACCGACAUCAUCUUCUCCUCUGUCUCAGUGCACUCCAGGACUUCCUGGAAUAUGUGGCAAAAGGACGGGGAGAAGGGGGACUGGACUUUGGGAUUGCAUCCCAGCUCCUGUCAACUGCAGCUCAUCAUCUCAAGGCUGUUGUUGGAACCUUCACCAAUGAAGACAUCCUUGAUCGCAUCUUUUCUGACUUCUGCAUAGGCAAGUGAUUUGCUUCCAUCAUGGAAAAGAGCAAGAGGAAGGAGUCUUGGGUCUAGGGACCAUGCUCUAAUACUUUUCCACCCUGGCUCAGCAUCUCCAGGGUUUCAUUGAUGAUUGCAUCCUCUACCCUGUGCUCUCUGAUUUGUGUAACAGCAUGUGGUUUGCUCCCCUUCUGAAUAGUCGAGUGGCACAGACGCCAGUGUCAGUUCAAUUCAAUCCCCUCAUUUCCACAUGAGUUCUACUUGGGUCCUCCUCACACAUGAGUCUUUUCAUUUCCCCCUCUUCCUCUGACUUUCCUCCCAUUAUCAGGAGCAAUUUGCUGGUUUUUGGCACUGGAAUUCAUCUCCACCUUGAGUCAGGUGGAGUGUGUAUGGGUAGAUGGGAUAGUAAGCCAGAGGACUUUUACCAUUCUGAAAACAGAAAACUGCACAGA